ACAAAAAUUAUUGAACAAUAUAUUAAUUAGAUAAUAAAGAAUAAUAUCCAAACCAAAUUAUUCUUGAAUUUUGUUUGCAUCGAGAUUAGGCAUAAAUAAUUCUACAAUCAGCUGAAAAUAUGUCGUCCUCUGACUCGGAAAGUGAAAAAAGCGAUACCAAUGAGACACGCGAGGAAGGAUCAGCAAAGCCCAAUUUAAAACAUGUGGCAUCAACAAGGAGUGAAGAAGAAGAUAAAAUCUCCGGUCAAGGGGAAAAGACUGAGGCCCAAAUAGCUAUGGAAGCUCAAAGGAAAAAACAUCUAGAACAAGAAGAACAGUGGUUGAGCGAAUAUCAAGAGAUGAGAACCCAAGAGAGGGAAAGAGAACAAGAAGAAUUAGUGAAACUCAAAGAGAGACAGGCUGAAAGACGGAAGGAAAGAGUGGAAGAAGAUAAAAUUCUAGCCGAGAAACGACGAGUUAUGGAAGAGAAACGAAAGGAAGAAGAGGAAGAGAUCCGUAAGAAACGAGAAGAAGAAAAACAAAGAAGACAAGCAGAGUCCGAAAAACGAAGAGCAGAACUACAAAAUAUUAUGGGCGGUUAUAUCGGCGUUGCUCCCCAACCAAAUUUUGUCAUCGAAAAACGUGAAAAGGUAACACCAAUCGCUAAAGAUAAAAGUCCAGAAGAAAUGGCUAAAGAGAAGGAAGAAACCGUUCAACGAAGGCUUAAGGCCCUGAAUCUUUCUGGACUUGGUGGCCAGGCAUUAAAGGAAAGAGCGCGGGAAUUACAUAGGAAGAUACUUAAAUUAGAAACCGAACGCUAUGAAUCGGAGGAUAGGAUCAAAAGACAGGAAUACGAUUUAAAAGAAUUGACAGAGCGACAGAGAUUGAUGCAAAAACAAAAAAUGAUGAAGCUUGGAAUAGAUCCUACAUCGGACGAAGCCAAAUUUCCGCCUAAAGUACAAGUGGCCAGUAAAUAUGAAAGAAGAACAGAUAGAAGAUCAUAUAAUGAUAGACGUUAUCUCUUUGAGGAUGGUGUGCCUGAUAAAGAAGUCAGAAAAGAACAAGUUCUACUACAAAAAUAAUUUUAUAAAAAUUUACUUAUUUAAAUAAAGUUUAAAAAAAACGACAUUUUGGAUGAUUAUAUUUAAAUUCAUAUAAUUUUUUUUUGAAUUUUAUCGAAAUCGCCUCUUAUUUAUAAUAAUUUACAUGUUUCCA